UGCAAGCGAAAGUGACGCCGGUUCGUGUUUGUUUGGCCGGAGGAAAAUUCGCACAUUUUUCUGGUAAAAAACCAUUAAUUCUCGGUGGAAAAGUGAAGAUCCGACUGCCCAACGAUGAGCGCCGGUGGAAUGCUGUACGGUGGUGAUGAAAUUGGCGCCCUGGUCUUCGAUCCCGGACAUCAUUCGCUGCGCGUUGGAUACGCCCAGGAAGAUACCCCGAAGGCGGAGAUUCCGUCUGUCGUCGGUGUCGGACCGGCGGAUGCUGCGCUGAACUCGGAUUUGGAAUCGAAAGCGGACAACAAUGUCGCCAGCACCAAUAAAUACUACGUUGAUACGACGUUCGUCAGCGUGCCAAGACCGAACAUGGAGAUUCAGACGUACAUGAAGGACGGAAUGGUGGACAAUUGGGAUCUGUUCGAGAAGGUGCUGGAUUACACGUAUGCAAAAGUGAUCCAAUCGGAAUCGAUGUACCAUCCGGUAUUGUUUUCCGAGGCGGCAUGGAAUGUACGGAAUAACAGGGAAAGGCUGACGGAGCUGAUGUUUGAGAAAUACAGUGUACCGGCUUUCUUCCUGGUCAAGAAUGCUGUUCUGGCUGCUUUUGCUAACGGGAGAGCCACAGCUUUGGUUGUGGACAGUGGUGCCACUCAUACUUCCGCCGUUCCAGUUCAUGAAGGAUAUGUCCUCAGCCAAGCCGUCGUGAAAUCCCCUCUGGGAGCCGACUACCUUUCGCUGCAAUGCCGUCAAUACCUCGAGGGUCAGAAUAUCGAUCUGACUCCGGUCUAUGGGAUCGCUGCCAAGGACGUAAUUAAAGAGCGGGACAAUGCUCGAUUUACGCCACGUCAACUGCCGGAAAAGCUGACCUCCUCGUGGCAGCAGUACAUGCUGAAAGGUCUCCUGCAGGACUUCCAAAUGACCAUAGUGCAGGUACUGGAAGCGCCAUACGACGAGCGUGCCGCAGCUCAGAUUCCGGCAGUUCAUUACGAAUUCCCCAACGGUUACCAUCAGGAUUUCGGCCCGGAGCGAUUCAAACUGGCCGAGAGCUUGUUCGACCAUACGAUGCUCGGAGCUGGUCAGUUGGCUUCUACCAGCGUUGGAAUGUGCGAUGCCGACGUGCGCCUCUCCCUGUACGGAUCGGUCGUUGUUACCGGUGGAAACACUCUGCUGCCGGGCUUCCCGGAACGUUUGAACAGGGAUCUGCAGCACCGGGCACCAUCCAAUACUCGGUUGAAGAUGAUCUCGGCCAACGGUUCCGUUGAACGGCGGUUCGGUGCUUGGAUCGGCGGAUCAAUUCUGGCCAGCAUCGGAACAUUCCAGCAGAUGUGGAUUUCCUCUCAGGAGUACGAAGAGUCCGGCAAAAGCCAGGUUGAACGGAAAUGCCCUUGAACCCAGGCGCAGGUGGACGAUAACAAAUAAACUAGAAUUUAAGGAUGUGUUGUAGCUGAUUAAGAUUUUACGAAUUAUGAAACAGUGUAAUUGUAACCUGCUCUUCUAUUUGGGAAUACAGAUUGAAAGUUUGACCUGUCUAGAACGUGAGUAGAAAA